AUGGCUUCGCGCACUUUCACCAGGGUAUUGCGCCCUUUCGUUUCUCGUCAAUUUGUCGCUCCCGUACAGAAGAGGACUAUUAUCACCGCCUUUAGUGCUGCCAGAGCCACUGCCGCUGUCACUCCCCGUUUCGCUGGCGUGUCCGUUCAGCAAAAGAGGGGUGUUAAGACAAUUGACUUUGCCGGUGUCAAGGAGGAGGUUUACGAGCGUGCGGAUUGGCCUAGGGAGAAGCUUCUCGAUUACUUCAAGAAUGAUACCCUCGCUUUGAUCGGUUAUGGAUCUCAAGGCCAUGGACAAGGUCUCAACCUCAGAGACAACGGUCUGAACGUCAUUAUCGGAGUACGGAAAAACGGUGCCUCUUGGAAUGAGGCCAUCAAGGAUGGAUGGGUGCCAGGAAAGAAUCUCUUUGAGAUGGACGAGGCCAUCAGUAAGGGAACAAUAAUUAUGAACCUUCUCUCGGAUGCCGCCCAGUCCGAGACGUGGCCCGCCAUCAAGCCGCAAUUGACGCAGGGGAAGACCCUGUACUUCUCCCAUGGGUUUUCUCCCGUGUUCAAGGAUUUGACGAAGGUUGAGGUGCCUACUGAUAUUGAUGUUAUCCUUGUGGCACCCAAGGGGUCUGGGAGGACUGUUAGGACUUUGUUCAAGGAUGGCCGUGGUAUCAACUCUUCUAUUGCCGUCUGGCAGGACGUUACCGGCAAAGCUAAGGAGAAGGCUAUUGCUCUUGGUGUUGCCGUCGGAUCCGGAUACAUGUACGAAACCACCUUCCAGAAGGAAGUCUACUCUGACCUCUAUGGCGAGCGCGGCUGCCUCAUGGGCGGAAUCCACGGCAUGUUCCUGGCGCAAUACGAGGUCCUUCGCGAGCGCGGACAUUCCCCCUCGGAAGCAUUCAACGAGACCGUCGAGGAGGCAACUCAAUCUCUCUACCCAUUGAUUGGCGGUAACGGUAUGGACUGGAUGUAUGCUGCCUGCUCAACCACUGCCCGCCGCGGCGCCAUUGACUGGACCAAUAAGUUCAGGCACAACCUGAAGCCCGUCUUCAACCAACUUUAUGAUUCCGUCAUCGACGGCUCAGAGACUAAGCGCUCGCUCGAGUACAAUUCUGACCCCGAGUAUCGUAAGAAGUUCGAGGCCGAGCUUGAGGAGAUCAGGAAUAUGGAGAUCUGGAGGGCUGGGAAGGCUGUUAGGUCUCUUCGUCCUGAGAAUAAUUAGAUUUAACUACGAUAUGGCAGGUAGGUUAGCCAGCUCGCUAGUCAGUGCAGUUCUGGGGGAGAAGUUGAAAGGAUGAAGGUCAACUUGUGUUUUCAUAUUCUACCCAUCUUUCUUUUCUUAUUACGGGAAGGGUGGAAAGUGGGAGUGUUUGGCGGGGGCAAAAACAAAAAAGCAUUUGAUUUUUCGGGUUC